GUUUUGGACUUUGUAGCAAAAUAGAAGAAAAAGGGGGUUUUAUGUAAAACCGGUUACUGUCUUAGGAGGGCUUUUUAUUUAUUACGCGGUGCUUGUCGUUAUUUACACUCCAAUAAUGUUUACGAGAGGAUGUUUCUACAAAUCCAAACAGGCUUACCAGACUCUAAGAAUGGGGAAUUUCACGUCGGCAGCGCCUGGGUUGUCAAGCUCAGCGUGUACUCAGCUUGUCCAGGAGGUUGUGUCCAGUAACUGUGUUGUGAUAUUCUCCAAAACCACGUGCCCAUACUGCAAGAUGGCGAAGAAUGUUUUUAAAGAGAUCGGAGCUGCAUAUAAAGUUGUUGAACUGGAUCAGCACAAUGAUGGUGGACGUCUCCAGGAGACCUUAGCGCAAAUGACAGGUGCCAGAACAGUGCCAAGAGUCUUUAUUAACGGGCAGUGCAUUGGAGGAGGCACAGAUACAAAGCAGCUCCACCAGCAAGGGAAACUUCUGCCUCUUAUUGAACAGUGUAGGCCGUGCUGUUUGAGUACCAGCCCUGAGGGCUCAGGCAAUGCUCAGUAUCAACAUAAUCAGUCAUAAUGUUUUGUAUUAUGUGUUCAUACUCGUUGGUCACCCGUGAACAGCCCAAACAGAGGUUAAGUAGAUGUGUUUUAAUACGUAUGCUGCUGUCGGGGGGAAAAAUACUUUCCUGAAUGAUUGACAUUAUGAGCAUUGUUAGUUUGGGGUUGUUAUGCACGGUAUGCUUUCUUGUAAAAUAUAAUAUCAAAUGGUAUUACACCAAGCAUUUUAGAUGACUUUAUUUGAUCUGAGUUACAAAACCUCAGUAUUCCUUUAUGU